AUGGAAGAUGCAACAGUUGAUAGCGAAGUUACUGAUGAGGCUAUCUGGAUACCAGAUCUACAAACACCAGCGAGCGGUAUGGAGGUACCAGAGCAAGAAGUGCAAAAAACAUCAGUUCAAAUCGAGCUAGAACCAUAUAAGAAACCAAAGAGACUGAGGAAACAGCCUGAGAGAUAUGGUUUCAGUAGCAUAUCUGUAUCCAGUACUGUUCCAGCGGAGGAGAUCUUACUCUCAGAGGCUUUUGAGGGGCCAGAGAAGGAGCAGUGGAGGCGUGACAUGACUGAUUCCAACAUGAUAUUUUGUUCUAAACAUAAUCAUGGAUUGACAAAAAUACAAGCACACGAUAGUUUAAAGAAAAAAUGGAAGAACCUAAAAGACAGCUACCGGAAAGAACUCAAAAAAGUACCUACGUUCCGGUCUGGAGAUGAAGAUUUAGCAGAAGAAUUGUCGCCGUCACUUUUGGAAUCACCGCCGCCUCCGCCGUCGGUUUCAAUAUUGCCAUCAAAUCCCACCUCCUCGCCACAGCAACCGCCAACUCCACAGAGUCGUGCUACCACCUCAAGAGAAAACGAAAAACAAAAUUCUUCCCGAAAACGAUUGAAAACAACUGAACUUCGUGCUGAGUAUUUAGAAAUAGAGAGAAAAAAAUUGAAGUUAUUGGAAGCUGAUUUAGCAGGUGGUAAAGAAAAGGACAUUCCCAAGUCAGAUGACUAUACACACACUAUUGACACUAUUACCAAAAAUGGAGAAGCUUAA